AUGGCGACGAAGAAGUACAUAAGCGAUGGACAAACAUCGAAGCGUGUCGUUGUCUGCGGCGGAGGCGUAACCGGCGUCUGCACGGCGUAUUUCCUCGCCAAGAAAGGAAUCGCCGUUACCCUCGUCGAGAAAUCAGCCGUCGCGUGCGUCGCUUCCGGUAAAGCCGGUGCGAUGGAAGCCCAAUCUCUCGCUGAGGAGCUAAACGGUGUCGAGUCGUACGGAUACAGACCAGUCACAACUCUUAGCCUCACCGUGAAGGAAUCGUCGAAACCCAUCUCCGGUGGUUCUGAUUUACCGGCGUGGAUCGACGGUCCGGUUAAAAGCCCAUCGACGAUUGGUACGACUGAAACCACAGCACAAGUGCAUCCUCAGUUAUUCACUCGGAAACUGUUAUCGACGGCGACGAAGAAAUACGGUGUUGAGGUUGUGAUCGGAAAAUUGGAAGAGGUGAGAGUGGAAUUAGGGCGAGUUGACUCGGUUUUGCUUGAAGGUGGGCGAGUUAUUGAUACUGACGCGGUGGUUCUUGCGAUGGGUCCAUGGUCGGUUUAUCUGCUGAUCCAGAUCAGGUACCAAGCAAUCCUGAAUCGAUUGAGGUUCUCAAGAGACGAAGAAAACGCUCGAGUGAAAGCAGAGCAAGCGUGA